UGCACUACGUAAGCUACAAUUGGAGCCUGAUAGAAAAUUUUCCUGCACGUCACCAUUAUAUUACUGCUACACAUAUUCUACUAUAUGUUUAGCCGUUGUGCGCGCAGUAGUGUUGCGGUAAGCUGCGUUGAAUAGCCUGUUGCUACAUGGUGAUAGUAGAAGCACGCCUGUCAAUUACUCGAAGAUUUCCGGCGAAGCACAUGCGGAAUCCAGCACGAGAAAACAAGAUCAUUGGAGCAGGCGGAACGCAAUCGGUCAUGUUAAUAUGAAGGCAUAGUGAUGUCUAUUCAUUAUAAUAUGUAUACUAUUCGCUUUUUGUGACAGUGGUUAAUCAGUUACGUAGCUCUAAGAUCGGGUACUCGCCGUUUUAACGCCAACUUACUUCAAGUGGAUCUACAGCAAUUUGAGUGAAUACUAUUAACUGCACUUGGAUUUUGGCGUACACCAGUUGAAUACCUCCGAUACGACCUAAUUAGUCGGUGGAAACAGUCUCUAUUUAGCGACACUGUACCUGCGUCGGUCAGAUUCCACCCGUUCGCGCAAUGAAAGUACGUGAUCGAAUCAUCUGGCUUGUGUUGGUGUCGUUAGGCAGCGCGUGCCUCUGGGGUUUCGAACAGGUUUUAGCUGCGGAAAAGCAUACAUACGAAAAUGAUGUCAGCGAAGAUGCCCAGGAUGAAAAUACGGCCAUACCCUUAGAUGGGAGCCAGCAUAGCAUUGAGAAAAAGUACUUAGCUCUUGAAGAGGGCUUCAAAAGUGUCGUCAAUUCAUUGUUGAAGCGAGCCUUACCUCACGUGCUUGAGGCGUCGAAUAAUGCGGAGCUUUCAGCAGGCUGUAUGGGUUCAUUCCUUAAGAUCAUCGCAAAGAUGAGGAAUCUGGACCGCGAGGUGUUUCGAAUGAUCGACGCGUCCGCAAAGCUGGCCCCUGGCCUCAUUGAGGGUUCGCUUACUGAGUUUGGAAAUUACUAUGAAUGUCUCAAGGUUAGUGUUUUAGACGAUUUUGGCGAAAAGGAGUUCUUCCGAGGCAGUUAUUGUAUGGUGAAGUCGCGACCUCCGUUGCCGGAGCCGAAACCUCGUAUCGUUCCAAUAGACUUCACUCCCGUGAACAUGUCAAUCUUCUCCGAAAAUUCGGCAUUGCGCGACCUGCUCACGGGUUCAGGAACAUUCUAUUAUACCCAAGCCAGGAUGGGUGUUUGUAUGCCUUCCACCUGCUCGGUCGAAGACGUCAAUGGCAUGAUCAAGCCAUUGUUUGAGGGAAUCCACUGGGAGGCCGAAGUUGAAUACUGCCGGCAACGGGAGGAUCGAAAUGAUCUUAAUGCUGAGGAAUGGAUUUGCGUACUGUUCUUGGCUACUCUGAUGCUUCCGGUGAUCGUAGCUACAACGGUGCAUGCAUGUCUGUGGAUAAUGAGCUAUACAUCCGACAAACCCCUAAAAACCACUCAUCGUUUACUCAAACGACUUCUAACGCUUUCUGCAUAUGAGACGGCUAGAAAGGUUCUUGUAGUGGAUCCUCCUCGAGAUGACGUGUCGCGAGAUCUGCAAGUUUUUCAUGGACUGCGCGCAGCUACCGUCGUCUGGAUCAUCUGGGUUCAUCAUUUCGCCUAUAACGAUGUUGCGGUAUAUUCGUACGCGCGAAUUUCGCGCGAGAUCGUCGGAUACUAUCGAAAUCAGAUCUUCAAUAACGGCUGGCUAGCCGUUGAUACGUUCUUCUACGUGUCGGGCUUUUUCCUUGCGUACGCUAUGAAACGGAUGAGCGGGAGAAUCGGAAUUCUGAAGAUUACACUCUUUUAUCUACUUCGCUGGUGGCGACUCAUUCCGAUGGCCUGUGUAGCGAUUGCAACUUUGUUCCUCAUUGCAAAAGUAGGAGACGGGCCAAUAUGGCAAGAGUUCAUUGGUAAGGAGCUUCAGAAAUGCCGUGAUCAUUGGUUAUUGCUUAUGCUGAACUUCCAAAAUGUUCUACAUCAUGAUGAGCUGUGUAUGGUUCCUUUCUGGUACAUCUCUGUGGAUACGCAGCUAUAUCUGAUCUUCGUCGGGCUCGUUCUUUACACGUUCAGAUCAGAGGGAACCUAUCGUCGAGGCUUCGUGGCUAUGGCUGCCAUCUCAUUAGUCGGCAUAAUAAUUUUGGUUGUCCAGAAUUUCGUCAAUGAGUAUCACCCAACGGCGCUCUACGUCGCUGGAGAUCUGACUUUCACAACGGCGAUGCUUUCGAUGACCUACAUGCAGCCAUGGGUGCACUUCGGCCCAUUUACAGUCGGUGUGUUUUCCUGCUGGCUCUAUCUGAAACAUCGGGAUAUCGCAAUCUCCAAGACUGUUGAGAUACUGGGUUGGGCGUUCGCGACAAGCUUGAUGCUUACGGUGCUUUUCGUGACGAAAAACUGGGGGGCAGGCGAACUACCUUCGCAGUGGAUCUCUGCACUCUAUGCGUCCACCCAUCGUUCCCUGUGGGCCGGUGGACUCGCCUGGGUAGUCUUUGCUUGCACAACCGGACGUGGCGGUAUAGUGAAUUCGAUCCUUGGUUACCAGGCAUUAGUUCCAAUUUCACGUCUCUCGUAUGCCAUGUACGUGAUGCAUGUGCCGUUGAUUUGGCACAGAAUGUGGACCAUUGACGAACGCACGCAUAUAACAUUUAUGCCCCAGUUCUAUAAUGGAAUGGGCAGCUUCGUACUGACUUUUGCUGCGGCGCUUUUGGCCACGGUGUUCUGUGAGAGAACCAUUCUGUUCCUCAAGGAGGUCGUUAUGGGCGAAAGCAACGAAACCAAACGGGGACUCAAGACCACUAAGCAAGAUGAGACCAUAGUAAAUGACGAACGCUGCUACAUGGAAAAGAAUUUAAACAAAAAUUUACAUCUCAGUGGCAUUGAGAGUCGCAAGGAACCCGCUGUUGAACUUCGAACAACCCGCCGUAUUAACGACGAGCUCGGACAAAUGCACAUCGCAUUUGCGCGGGACCUUAGCAGUUCGAUAGAAGUGAAUCGCCACGGUGACACUAAUGGUGAUACCUGUCGUAGCAAUUACAAUGUCGCGAUUCAUCUCUAAACCGCUCCUCCGUCAUCUCUGUCCUUCCCAUCUGCAUGGAUCACUAUCAACAAAUGGAACGUGUUGUAAACCUCUAUAGGAGAGCCGAUACCAGUAGCGACGAAAUCAGAGCAAAGCGUGACAUAUAUAUCAAUAUGGGUUCACCCCUCUAUUCAAGGGGAUGCGAAAACUAGUAUGUGCACUCUACAAAGAAGACGACCCACAGGACGAGUUCAGCUCAGAUGAUUGAAACCAUCAAAAAACUUUGGACUCAUUAUCUACACGAUCAAGAUUUUAGCAGCACGUUUAUUUACAACGACAACACUAUAAGAACUGAAGACAUGAUUCUAUAUAUAUUUGCUCAUAUUACUGUAAAUAUACGCUAGGAAUGGCGCACCUGUCACUGAUGUCAUUAACUCAAGAACGAUGAGUGUAGGAAACAAGCGACUUUUGUUGACAUGGUCAAUCGAAUGGCUGCUCGGAUGGUAGAAGACGAAGGCGACAAAACGCUUUGCCUACGCGCCAGUAUCCAUAAUCUAUUGUAUAUGGGCUCGUGGUUGGGCGAAUCCAUACACGAAUGUGUACUUUGAAGAUACACUGUUGAUCAGUUUUGGUUUUUCAUUAUUUUUUAUUAAUUUUAUUGUAAUAAAACCUUCACUCACUUGUCAAAUCCUGACGGGGUGGCCACAGUUGUUAAACGUAUAGUAUAUAGUUCUGAAGAGAUUUCAGACUGUCUGACGCACAUACGUCGCCAACGGGUGACGGUGCUUAGUAUGAGACUCGCAAAGCCGGAUUACUUCCUUUCAAGAAUAUCGGAACAUCAUUAGUUAAGCUAGUCUAAAAAAGCUCUGAAUUAACACACUCUAUAGAUAACACAAUGUUUUUGUUUCCUGAUCGUUUUUUAACCAAUGGUAUGAUAUUACAGGUAAUUUACAGAUCUAGACGUUUUAGCUAUAAUACAUAGAGGCGGAAUCAUAAGCCAACAUGAUUUUGGAAUACUUUUGUAGAAGAACAAAGCCGUUGGAUACUCACUUACCAAACAUUCUGCCAACUGGGCCUAUAUAGCCUACACAGCCAGUCUACUUAUUCUAAUUAAUAUAUAACAAUAUGUAGUACUGGACAAAGAAUGGAAAAAUAGGUUCAAUCAUUACCAUCAGUCGACUGAAAAAAAAAUAGCAGUGUUAUACCACGAAGAUGGGUAUGAUACUUUUUUCUAAUCCAAAGUAUUAGCCGAUUAUCUAAAGGCCGUUCGACUAUCAGAUUUUCUUUUAACUUACAUAUAGUUAAUACUACUUGUCAGAAAACGGUCAAAUGACUUCACUUAUACCCGUAUUUAUAUCUUCAUUAAUUAUGCGCUGAUGACUUGAAAUGGAAUACGUGAAUUGAAGGCAUACAUUUCUUGUCUAUAAUCGCCGCGUAUCUGGGGUGACAAAAUUACUAAUUUUGUGGUCGUACGCAAAUGUAUUGUACUGGUCCAUAUCCAGCUUUUACAUAUAUUUUUAAUUUUAAGUAAGCAUGUCUGGUUGUCUAGAGAUCUAGAAGGGAUUAAAGCUGAAUUGGCAUCGUUUCAAAACGAUCAGUACUUCUAUGUGAUCGCUGAAUGUCAAAACCUAUGGCUACCGAUUUACUUGGCAUUUCUUGCAUCUUAUACGAUCGAAAAGCAACAAAAAAUCGUAAUUCAUGUUCUUACCAAACCCCACUUAUCAACGGCAUCAUCCCAAGCUAUUUUAUCUAUACAGUUAAAGGUAGAUAAAGCAAAUUUCAUAUGGAAUAUCUCGCUGUGGUUUGUUUUUUAUGUAAGUUAUAUAACCCAGUCAAUUAACAAAAAUCCGCCAAUUCCAGUAUGCCAAGAGGUGACUUAGAUUUAUGAAAUCUUAAACAAUUUUACUUUAUUAGGACAUGUUAAUAAAUUUGUGGGCCUGAUCGACUGCUUUUAGUGCAGACAUUGAUGUCUGCCCUACGAUUAGUCGAUCAGGCCCGUGUAUCAAUAUUACUAUUUACCUUCCCAUUGGAACAUGUGUUAUUCUCUAGGUGAAUCGCCAAAGAAUGACAUUAGAUAAUGAUAAUGAUGAGGAUGAAAAUAACAAUGAACGUAAUAUUUUUUAGUACCGACAGUGUUAAGUGUCUUAGUAAUAUGUGCGUAACCUCUAGUUACGCUGUUCUUCGUGGUUAAGUGCUCAAUAGUGCAGCUUCGAGGUAUUUUUUGACCAACAGUAUGCUCUUUAUUCAAAGCGUUAUGACGGUCAUUGGAGAGUUGGUUCCGACAAGUUUGUUGUGUUCCACCUAUCUUCUUUUUUGAUCGUGGUAGGCCAAAAAGAGAGAUUUGAUUCGACCCAGAUUUGGGGGUACGCAGGCUUUAUGGCAAUAUUUGUGAAGACAUUUCAUAGUACCCUCCAUCGAAAUGUUUCAUUGAUUUAUGAUGAGAUUCCAACUGAAACAUUGUUAUAAUAAAACUUCCUUCUUUUCAACAAUAUAUCUCAUCGUAAAAAUUUCUUUCAGUUUUCAGGGUCGGGUUCCUUUUUAGGUCCUUGCAUUGUUUUUCUUUGUCAGCAGCUUUUGACAAUAUUCGGUGCCAUUCCUACAGUUCUAAUACAGUUUAAUACUAGUCUCGAAAAAUCCAUCUCCAAUACGGGUGCGUGAAGUCGUCUAUUCUCGUGUCCGUAGCAUGUCAUAGCAAGUAAUGCUGUCUACGCUUUUUAAAAUCAUACUUAAUUCAUACACCUGUAUUAAAAAAUGACAUGACACAAAAGGACUUACAACGUUUUACAGCCUGCGAGUUCGCGGUCGAAGCGAUUGCUUAACUCGCAAUUCUAACCCAAAGGACCCUUGUAUUCUCUACGCCAACUUUACAUACAUAUGGAUCACAGCGUACAGUACAAACUACUGGUGAUAACUCAAGUACUUUAUAGUCAAUAAGAAAUCAUAAAUUUUAAUUUUUCACUGCCACUAAUACCUAUCGUGACAGUAAAAAGCCCAGGUAGGACACCUGUUUCUCCAGGCACACUUUAAUACAAUAAGUUGAUGCAAUCCAUCCUUAUCUCUUGUGUCGUCAAUUGCAGCGUAAACAAGACUAUUCUGAAACAUAUUGCAUUCGUUUCCCUCAACUGGGUUCAAACACUUUGCUCAGAUUUUAAUAUGUAUCUAACACCUUCUACAUACACGAUAUUAUUCGUAAAUCGCUUGCAGCUGUAUAAGAUAAAAAUGUAUUGCGCUAAUAAAAAUUGUUCUCUCCCAUUUCUGCUUGAAAUAAAUGAGCAGAUCGGGCAGUGCCUACACUAUAUAGCAUAUAGGAAAAUCAUGGGAUUACAAAUAGAUAAGCAAGAUUCAUUUGAGUAAAAUGUAACUUAAUUGUGAUUGUAACUUGAAAAACGAAAAAGUAUAGAAGAUGAGGUGAUGCAACAAAGAACGGCACUAAUGUAAAGACAAUGGGUCACAACCACCUACAAUAGUCAUCGCAGGUGCAGGGUAUAAGUGCAAUAUAAUCGUGUUAUAAUGUAACAAUAUAGCGAGGCCAAACUGAUCUAUUGCCAUUAUUGAGGAGGAAUUUAAUAAAUCAACCAAGUGUAACCCCUAUAUCAGAGAACAACUUAUAACAUUAUUAGUUUUGCUGUUUCUACAUAACCACUUUAACUGCUUAUCACCGUUCUCUCAACAAACAAGUCAAUCUCAGUGUUUAAUAAAGACUUGACGAAGUUUUAAGUCAAACACUAUUUGUUUACAAUGGCAUUAUUUCAACACACGGAAAAAUCAUAAGUCGGAAGAAAUUAUAUUGUUAUAUUAUGACAAUGACAUCUGCUGUUCUGUUAUGUAUUUUCGGCAAGAACGGUUGGUCGGACAUGGCAUUUUUUAUUCAGUGAUACAUCACUUUAAACUUCAUUGGGUAAGUUACGAUCUAGUGUCUCAUAUGCAUUUUAUUUGGCGUACGAUCAGGAAUUCAGUAGAAUUGCCAUACAAGGCUUGCUCCAUUGCUUACAGCAAUAACUAAGGAAAUCAAAAUUUCGUUGAAAAAAUUUAAAACGAAUUUAACGUAAAUUUUAUGAAAAAGAACAACUAUAAUUUCCUUGGUUGCAAUGGACAAUAUUUAAUAGAAUGCUG